CGCCGAUGACUCAGAACUGGAUCCAGUUUGCGGUGUUCUGUGGUCGGGAUGGAGGUGGAACAGAGCUGAAAACACACAUGAUCUGAGCGCCAGGAUCUGGUUUCCGACAUCCUGAGACAAGCCAAUGCAGUCAGGGGGAAGAGAGACCAGCAGGAUGAAUGCUCACUGAGCCAGCAACUGCACGCAAGCAACUUCAGAAUUAGACUUUGACAGCACAGCCAAGUUUUACGAAAAGAUCGCGGUGGUUUGAUUCCCCACCUCACCCCGCAGACACCAUGACAUCCUCUAUGCUCCGCCGCCAGCUGAAGAACCUGGUCCAGAAUUACUCUGAGGCUGAGGUCAAGGUGAGAGAGGCUACAUCUAAUGACCCAUGGGGCCCAUCCAGCUCUCAGAUGGCUGACAUCUCCGACCUGACCUACAACGUGGUGGCCUGCAACGAGAUCAUGACGAUGCUGUGGAAACGCCUGAAAGAUGACAAGAACUGGCGACACAUCCACAAGUCCCUGACACUGCUGGAGUACCUGUUAAAGACUGGUGACGAUCGUGUGCUCCUGAAAAUGAAAGACAACAUCUACAUCGUCAAAGCCCUCACAGAGUACCGCUUUGUAGAGAAGGAUGGCAAGGAUCAGGGUGUGAACGUGAGAGAGAAGGCUAAGGUUGUCCUUGUUCUAAUGGAGGAUGACGAGAAACUAAAGCAGGAAAGAGAUUUUGCUGUCAAGACCAGAGAGAAGACGUCAAAAAGUUCUGCUGCUUCAUCCACGGAUACCGUCAAAGAUCCUAACUACAAGCCAUGCUAUGUUCCUGGGGCCACAGGGCUUCCAUCUUUAGACAACAUACCCUCAGUGGCUGACCUGACCGCUUCCUUCACUGCCCGCAAAGAGGAACGGCUCAGGCAGGAAGCUGAGAAGAAAGAAGCAGAGAGAAGGGCUAAGAUGAGUGACGACGAGCUGAAAUGGGAGGAUGCAGGCAAAAGCGGUGAGGUUAAAUCCGAUGUUUGGGGAGGAGAGGAGGAGGAGGAGGAGGAGGUGAAACCAGACCCAUGGGGGGCCCCCAAAGAACCUAAAGAGGCCACAGAUCCAUGGGGUACACCUACAAGACCUGACACCACUGACACAGCAGGUAGCAGUGAUCCUUGGGUUGCUCCAGCUACAGCUGAUGAUGAUCAGUUUGCAUCAUCAGAAAGUGUUGAAGAUCCAUUUGCGGCACCAAAGAAUGGAGAAGAUCCUUUUGCAGCACCAAAAGAUGGGCCCGAUCCAUUUAGUGCACCAAAAGAUGGGCCCGAUCCAUUUAGUGCACCAAAAGAUGACCCUUUCAACACCCCCAAGGAAAGUUCAGACCCCUUCAAUGCACCCAAAGGCAAAGAGGAUCCAUUUGUCACUCCAAAAGAUAAAGCAGAUCCUUUUAGCUCAUCUAACAAUGAUCCAUUUAAUACACCCAAAGAUGAUCCAUUCAGUGCUCCAAAAGACGAUCCCUUUAACACCCCAAAAGAUGAUCCUUUCAGCACCCCAAAAGACGAUCCCUUUAACACCCCAAAGGAUGAUCCUUUCAACACCCCAAAGGAUGAUCCUUUCAACACCCCAAAAGACGAUCCUUUCAACACCCCAAAAGACGAUCCCUUUAACACCCCAAAAGACGACCCCUUUAACACCCCAAAAGACGAUCCCUUUAACACCCCAAAAGAUGAUCCAUUCAGUACCCCAAAUGAUGACCCCUUCACAGCACCAGCAUCAACACCCCCUAAAGAAGACCCAUUCACAGCUCCCACAUCACUGCCUAAAGAAGAUCCUUUCUCUGCACCAACCAAACCUGCUCAAAAUGACCCUUUUGCUGCACCAAUUACACCACCCAAAGAGGAUCCUUUCUCUGCACCAUCCAAUCCUCCAGAAGAUGACCCCUUUGUUGCUCCAACAACACCACCUAAAGAGGAUCCUUUCUCUGCAUCAUCCAGACCUACUAAAGAUGACCCCUUUGCUGCACCAACAACACCAUCCAAGGAUGAUCCUUUCUCUGCACCAUCUCAACCUACAAAAGACGACCCCUUUGCUUCACCAACAACUCCACCUAAAGAGGACCCAUUCACAGUGCCAUCCAGUGCACCAAAUGAUGACACCUCAGAUCCCUUCAGUGCCCCUCUGGAGAGAUCGCCCCAAGGCAGUGGAGAUGCGUGGGGAGCCCCUGCCAGCUCUCCACCUGCCGCCGGGUCAGAUCCCUGGGGAGAUGGCGAAAGCGCCACAUCACCUGCUGAUAAUUCUGAUCCAUUUGGGGAUGCAUCCAAACCGGACAAAGACCCAUGGGGAGCCCCAGCUGCAGCCAGUACAGACGAUGCAUGGGGUUCACCAGCUCCACCCACAGACUCCUCCCCAUCUAGUGACCCCUUUGGAGAUGGAGCGUCAAAAUCCAACGAUCCCUGGGGUGUACCGAGCAAUGCAACUAGCAAUGCCACAGGAAAGCGAACAACACAAGAAGAGGAGAUACAUAGAAAGACUGCUUCAUUCUUGGGUUCAGCGGGGGCAUCGCUGGUUGACUUGGAUGAUUUAUUUUCUUCUAACCCCAAACCCAAAUAACGCCCCCUCAUCAACACACUCGCUGCACAGACACAAGCCAUUGGCGCUUUCAAAGCCAGGGGCAUGUCGUCUGGCCCUGUGGUCAGAUCAGGGGCUGUUGCAGGGUUGUCCCUUCCUGAAACAUCAGCCCUACCUGGCAAUCCAUUUGGAUCCACC